GAAUUUCGUCAUCUGUAGUGUAUAAUCGUUUCACUGGUAUUCUAUAAUUUUGCACUGUUAUAUCUACCAAUAUGGUGACCUAAUAUUUAACGUCUUUGCCAUGUUGCAAUGUCCUAACUUAUAAUUGUAUCUUGCGCAACAUAGUCUCGCUGAGGAUGAUAUAGGGAGUAUAUCGAAACCGGUCCGAAAAAAUGUAUGUAACUUGGAAUGUGUUUUUACUUGCUAUCAUGAAUUCUAUCUUCAGUAGAGUAUCGAUCCAAGAAAAGAAGGCGAUAAGAAAACUAGAAUCCAUUGGAAAAGACUUAAUCAGGACAAAUGCUGCUGUUACAUUUAACCAGAUCUGCAUCGAAAACAACUUGCUUCCCAAGUUUACGAAUGUGAGGAACCAUCUCUAAAAAGAAUAUAAGCAAUGUCGUCCAUCACAAAAGGAAUUUUCAUCGUGGGUGCCAAGCGUACGCCAUUUGGAGCUUUCUGUGGCAAGUUGUCCAACAAGACCUGCACGGACCUGCAGGAGGUGGCUGCCAAGGCAGCGCUGCAGGCUGCCAAGGUCGACCCGAAGCUGGUCGACUCGGUGGUCAUCGGAAACGUCCUCUCCUGCUCGUCGGUCGAGGCCCCGUACAUCGCUCGUCACGCGGCGCUGCGCGUCGGCUGCGAUGUGGCCACUCCGGCCCUCACCGUGAACAGGCUGUGCGGCUCUGGGUUCCAGUCGAUCGUCAACGGCGCCCAGGACAUCACAAUGGGCGACUCCCAGAUUGUGCUGACGGGCGGCAGCGACAACAUGACGCAGGCGCCGCACGCCGUGCGCGGCCUGCGCACCGGCGUCAAGCUGGGCGCCAACCCGCAGCUGGAGGACAUGAUGUGGGAGGCGCUCACCGACCAGCACUGCAAGACGCCCAUGGGCGUCACGGCCGAGAACCUGGCCGACAAGUACAACAUCACACGACAGGACGCCGACCAGUUCGCCAUCGGCUCGCAGCAAAAGUGGAAGGCUGCGCACGACGCGGGCGUGUUCAACGACGAGAUUGCGCCGGUGACGAUCAAGGUGAAGCGCCAGGACACGGUCAUGGACACGGACGAACACCCCAAGCCCAGCUCGGACAUGGCCAGCAUCGGCAAGCUGCCCUCGGUCUUCAAGAAGAACGGCACCGUCACCGCUGCGACUGCCUCGGGUAUCUGUGACGGCGCCGGGGCCGUGGUGCUGGCCUCAGAGGCGGCCGUCAAUCAGCACGGCCUCACCCCGCUGGCCCGCCUGGUCGGGUACGCUGUCGCCGGUGUCGAGCCCACCAUCAUGGGCAUCGGUCCGGCGCCGGCCAUCCGCAAACUGCUGGAGAAGAGCGGCCUCAGCCUCAACGACAUCGCCCUUGUGGAGAUAAACGAGGCGUUCGCGCCGCAGACGAUCGCCUGCCAGCGCGACCUGGAGCUGGACCCGGCCAAGCUGAACACAUGCGGCGGCGCCAUCGCGCUGGGCCACCCGCUGGCCGCCUCCGGCUCGCGCAUCACCGCCCACCUGGUACACGUGCUGCGCCAGCGCAACGAAAAGUACGCCAUCGGUUCGGCGUGCAUCGGCGGCGGCCAGGGCAUCGCCCUCCUCCUGGAGAGGGUGUGAGCGCGCGCUUACAGACGGGGAGCCGAACGGGACGGAGGACCGGGCGCGGGCGGCCGGGGCUCCGCCGACCGCUCCGGUAACGGAAACAAUGCAAUGGCCACUUUGGCCACGUAAUUUCUUAUAUAGUGUAAAUGUCUUGAUGGUACAUAAUUGCAAUCGUGAGUAAAUCGUAUUUACCGCUGCUAUAUUCCGAAUUUUGAAAGGCAAGUUCAACGCAAUAUAUCUUAUAGGCGUAA